UAAGCACUGGUUUGACAGACUGUGGUAAAUCCGGCUGCUCAUUUGCGGGCUAUGACGGAAUUUGAAUUGAUCUGAACGAGUUCAUGGAUUUGCGAGUGCCGGUGCGACAGAGUAUGUAACUGAUACGGGGAUUAAUCUCACAAGAGCUCGUCUAAACCACAUCCUUCCCUCCAUUCACCCCGGAGUGAAGUUCCUCAGCAGAAGAAGCUCAGCGGAGCUCUCCUCCAUUUAGCCAUCUCUGUUCCCGCUAGCUAUGGUGUGAGGUAGCAGUCCGGUCUCUCUCACUCCUCUCAGUUCUGACAGUGUUAAGCUCAGCUGUGAAACUAACAGUCGCCCCGUAGAGAAAACCGGCACUCUUUCUUUCACAUGGGCGAAGACGAGGAGGGGUUCUGCUCCCGGACUCGCCACGGAGGAAGCGAAGAACUAGGAGAUAACGGAGCGUCUCUGUACACGGACAGAGAGAGGAAAUAUGCAGAGCUGUUCAAGCAGCUGGAUUUGAAUAAAGAUGACAGGGUUGACAUCAAUGAACUGAAGACCGGACUGGCAGCUCGUGGUUUACACCGGGGAGAGGCGGAGGAGAUAGUCCUCGAGAGUGAUAUCAACCACGAUGGUUUGCUGGACUUCCAGGAGUUCUCCCAGUACCUGUGGGCUCACGAGAAGAGACUGUGGCUCAUAUUCCACAGCCUUGACCGCAACAAUGAUGGUCGAAUAGAUGUCGGGGAGAUCCAGCACUCGCUGCACAAACUCGGUAUGGAGAUCACUACAGAGCAGGCCUCCAGGAUACUGCAGAGUAUGGACAUGGAUGGCUCUAUGACCAUUAACUGGAAUGAAUGGCGUGAUCACUUCCUGUUCAACCCUUUUCACAACAUGGAGGAGAUCGUCCACUACUGGAAACACUCCCAUAUGUUUGACAUUGGGGAACAUCUGACGGUACCAGAUGAGUUCUCAGAGCGGGAGCGGCGGUCAGGUCUGGUGUGGAGGCAGCUGGUUGCUGGAGCGAUGGCAGGGGCUGUGUCCCGCACAGGAACUGCUCCUCUGGACCGCCUGAAAGUCUUCCUGCAGGUGCACGGCUCUACAUCUCGGGGGAUUAAUCUGUGGACCGGACUGAGGGGGAUGGUCCAGGAGGGAGGCCUCUCCUCACUCUGGAGGGGAAAUGGCAUCAAUGUUCUCAAGAUUGCCCCUGAAUCGGCCAUUAAGUUUAUGGCCUAUGAGCAGAUCAAGUGGCAAAUCCGAGGAAGAAAAGAGGGGGGCGGUUUAAGGGUACAAGAGAGGUUCAUUGCUGGCUCUCUGGCAGGAGCUACCGCCCAGACCAUCAUCUACCCAAUGGAGGUGCUGAAGACUCGUCUGACAUUAAGGAAAACAGGGCAAUACUCGGGUAUGGCUGAUUGUGCCAGACAGAUCCUGAAGAUGGAGGGAGUACGGGCGUUCUACAGGGGCUACCUGCCAAAUACACUGGGCAUCAUCCCCUAUGCUGGCAUCGACCUGGCUGUUUAUGAGACUCUAAAGAACGCCUGGCUCCAGAGGUACUGUGUAGAUUCAGCAGAUCCAGGAGUUUUGGUCCUGCUGGGCUGUGGUACCGUCUCCAGCACCUGCGGCCAGCUGGCAUCCUAUCCCCUCGCUCUCAUUCGGACACGUAUGCAGGCACAAGCCAUCACUGAGGGUAAACCCAAGCUGACAAUGGUGGGUCAGUUCAAAUACAUCAUAUCCCAUGAAGGUGUACCGGGCCUGUAUCGCGGCAUCACCCCCAACUUCCUCAAAGUCGUUCCAGCUGUCAGCAUCUCCUAUGUGGUGUACGAACACAUGAAGAAAGUUCUCGGGGUGGGUUACUAGACUGAGACAAAGAAGAGGGAUUAAGGACAGAAAAGGCCAUGGCUUUAUUAUGAGGGGAGCGAUAUGAGUUUAACAUUCAAAAACUAAGCUGCACAAUGAAAACCCACAGACUGUCAUCACCUUUUGAUUUAUAAUGUUGCUGAAGCCUAAUUGGUGCUCAGAAGUAUGACAUCGCUGAUUUCCAAAUGAUCCCCGCCCAGGGACCAAAACACUUUGAACUCUGGCAGAAAAUAUGUUUUCAGGGGCUUUAAGGCUAAGAGUAGCAUCUAACUGGCUGAUUUAGGAGAGAGUCCAAAAUAACCAAUGUCAUUCUUCAUUUCAAAGAUACUUUCAUGACUGGUUGCCACAGCUGUCUCUGUUUGUUUCCAGUAUGACCUGAGGUUGGUGCAGCAAAGAGAGCUGUGAAAAGAGCUACUGAAUCUUAAUUAGGUAGUCAGUAAUAAACAAGUAAUACAACACAGGAGCUAAUAUUAUUAGAUUGAAGUUCCCUGAAUUUUAUUUAUUUAAGGUUGUUUUCUGGACUUCUUGCCUUUAAUUGAUAGAAAAGCUGUAGAGGGAGAAAGGAUGAGAGAGGAUGACAGUUGGAUUUGAGGUCAGGCCACUGCAGUAAGGACUGGUCUGCCCACUCUACCAGGUGAGCAACCGGGCACUUGAAGUUCCUUGAAUUAUAUACCUCUACACCAGCAGUGGACGUAUACAUUCAUAUAAAUGGUCUUGGAACAAAACCAGCUUGGAUGUGUGAUUUUCUGGUCUGGGCCAAACCACCCUCGACCCUAUUUGUUUAGCUACAUGAUGAGACAGGUGGUGGAUGGCAGGAACAUGGAGGUUGUUGGUGCCGUGCUUGUGCCCUGUUGGUCACAAAUAUUUCCAAAAGCAUUUUAUCACUAAAACUAGUUCCAUAAAUCUCUGUAAAGUUUGAGAUAGUGGAGAGGGCUUCUAAAUUACUAUAACCAAAUCACACACUGCAGGAAAAAGUUCCCCUCAGCAGCUAAUACCUAUCAUAAAUAUCAUAAAUAGUCUGAAGAAGAAACUCUUAGCAAGUCAAUUGCAUUGCCUCUUGACUAACAUAAUCAAUGAGAGGGUCCCUUAGAGGGGCCGUUAUUAGAGAGGUUUAACUUAGUUGUAAUUGAUCAUAUCAUACAGUAACAUGUGUUCUGUUGUAGAUAGUCAGCAUUGAAUUUAUAAUAUUUUUCUCAUAUGAUAUCAGUAUAACAUGAUAUGGACCAUUACACUUUAUUCAAAUUCACAUGUCCAGAUUUAAACUGGAAUGAACACUUACUGUUUUCUGCCAAGAAACUGAAUGCAAGUGUGUUGUGUGUGCAUUAUGCUACAUUAUGAGGCAGAUGAUUAGUCAUCCUUAAUAUUCUAAAACCUCAGAUUUUCUGACUUGUAAUAUAUUUUAUAAACUUAAAGCAUAUUGAACUAUUUUCUAUACCUUGUUCCCUGCACUGGAGUCUUCAGUCAAAAACCUAAACCAGCUGCAAGUGUCAAUCAACAGCAAUUUUAGGAGAAAAUAGAAAAUCUGUGCUUGAUUUUGUUUUUCUUCACAUUUAGGUAUAACUUGAAUAUUAACGGCAAACAAUGUUCCACAGUAGUUUGUUGGUGCAGUUUUGAAGCAGCAGCAUGUAAAGGGAGUGGUGAAACACUUCCACACACUUUGAAUGUCAUUAUUUGUAUAGUAGGCAAAGAUAUAUCAUCUAUAUUAUUAAGCUUAUGAAUGCCUAAUUCUCUGAGGAGUUUUUUUCCUCCCUUGCAAGCCUACUUGAAAUGAUGAAUACUUGUUGCCACUGGGGCCUUGUAAGCAUGACAUGCAAUAUUUGUAAAGCAUGAGUGCAUGUUUUCAAGCCUGUUGUGAAAGUGUCGCUUCAGUGUGUGACGACGGUAUCUCUGAGAUAUUUUCAACCCGUAAGACAGAGCUGUUGUAUGAGUUUGAUAACAAACAUUAGAAAAGAGCUUUCUAGUUUUGAUAAAUCAGUUCUAUCAGUUGAAUGUGUAUAUGCACUUUACAUGCGUCAGUGAUGGAAUUAUUUCUGUGACAUUGUACAAAGUAACUCAUGUCAACAUCAUACAGCUGUUUUACAUGGAUACAACUGCAACAACCUUACCUUAUUUAACAUUUAUUUGAUUUACAUCUUUGAAGCUGCACUAAUUCAUUUUUGGCCGCUUGGGGGCAGUUUUUCUAUUCAAUAAGCUGUAAACACAACAUGGACACAUUGUCACCUAAUAAAGUGACGGUGAGCAAAGUGAUGUGUGCAUCUGACAUGUGGUGACACCUUCAAUCACACAUGAACUGGACAUCAGAGUGUGAUUGAAGAGGAUGAUGUUAUAGGGUUAAAUGACUAGAAUACCACAUCCAACAUGACUGUAAUACUGAACAACAAUGCAUUUGAUGUGUAUAAGAUUUAUGACGGUGAACUGUACCUGUCAAGAAGCUUUUAAAGGAAAUGAAAAUAAGAUCAUGUUUAAGUCUGUUUUUUUUAGUUUUUUUUU